AUGGCGGACCACUCGGACACCAUAGAACAAAAUGGUGACCACGGCGAUGAUGCCCAUCGUCGUUCGCCAGUUGAUCUGUCCGCUGCUGUUACCGGCCUAAAUCUGCUUUUCUCCAACUUAGCGCCAGUUGAAAACCAUGGAAAGGCGCCUGCUGUCGCGCCGCCCGUCGAUAUUCCAUUUGAACCCAUCGACGAGCCUCUGUGUCCCUCUCCUACUGCGCCCGUGUUGGAGCAAGACAGCUCCAACCCUUCUGUUGAAGAAACUGCGGCGGUACCAGUGGCUAAGAAGACCGCCAGGUACACGCGGUCAACGCUGCCGUGGGGCAAGAAUGGAGGUAACGCUGGAGCAACACCGGCUUCGCCAGCCGACCAGCGGUCGACGCCCGCGACCGCAGGCACGCAGAUGUCGCCAUCAACUCCUGGGCCUUCAAAACCAGCAGGUCCAGACGCAAUUUACGCGGAGGCUCUGUACAAGUACAAAAGCGAGUGGCUAGAGCGGUUUUCCUGCCUAAUUCUGCUUAAAACUUCUGACGGUCUCCCUGCUUUCAAGUGCAGCAUCUGUACGGAGCACGCAGGAUACGCUGGACCGUGCGGGAGAGGCGGAAAGGGCGCCACAGACGUUCAGACGCAGGCGUUCAAACGACAUGCGGCAACAACCAAGCACAAGGAGGCGUUUAAACACCAGGAGAAGCUCCUCUCGGAAGCAGCCACGCAGCCACGUAUCAACGGCGACAAUCUCGCUCGCGACACGGAGAAGGAGCGUGUCAUCAAGCUCCUCGACUCCCUGCUCUUCGUGACCAAGCAAGAUGCACCCAUAGAGUUAUGGGUGAAUCUUGUGCGCUACCUCGCGCGUCUUAAGGUGCCAGGGUUCCCCGGUAAAGGCUACGGAACCUAUUAUGCGACGGAGGCGCUCGCAGCUAAGGACGCCGCUGAACAACUCCCCGAGUUCGGGAUGGUGGACGCCCUGGUCCGCCAAGUGGCUGAGCAUUUGGGGCGUUCUGGCCCGUGGCAUCAACGGUUUAUUGGCCUGCAGGAGGUCUUCACGAGAACGAACCUGGAGCUACAAGGGAUCCACGAUGUCCGCUGGCUCUCCCGGGGCGACGCCAUUCUGCGCGCGGUAGAGGUCUUCCCCGCGCUGAUCGUGAUGCUGUAUGAGUGGGACAGGACCCUGUACGAGCUCGCCACCAGCUACAGGUUUCACUUUCUGUUAAACUUCCUUGCAGACGUGCUCGAGCAGCUCAAUGUGCUGAACAGGGCAUUCCAGCAGCGUGAGCUGGACAUUGCAAGUGUCCACGGGCAGAUCCGCCGGUCUAUUUCAUUCCUCGAGUCCCGCUACGUCGACUAUGGUGACGAAUUUGGAGGCGGGAUGAGCGCGCGCCUCUCCCCGUUCAUCAAGAAGCACGGGCCUGAGGGGGGCAAUCCCGAGGUGAAGGUGCAGGGAGUCGACUCGGACGGGCGGCCCACUACACACAACUUCCAGCUGCACGAGAACCUGAGCGAAGACUACCCGACCCUCGGCUCCCACGACGACUGCGUCGAUCUCUGCACCACCUUCGCCGAGACGCUCGUGCGAAACCUCAGCACACGGUUCAAGGACCUGGACUCCCUAGUGGGAGUGCGGCUGUUCAUGCCUGACGAGUGGAAGCUGGGGAGAGCGGAGCGCCACAGGCAGUGUCUCGAGUGGCUCGAGUCUCUCGUGAGGCUGUUCAGGGCACAGGACACGGACUACAUCAUUCCAGGUAUUCCCGCUCUCGCAUUGUUGCUGUCCGUGAUGAUGGGUUAUUGCAUGUUAUCAUUGUAUGGUGUACGAAUCUGGCGCAGCUACAAGAAGCGCCGCCCAUUCGGCAAUGUGGCGGCACCACCAGCAAGAGAGGGGGAGGGCAGUGGUAGCAAGGGAAAGGAGGCCCUAGAGGAGGAGGAGUUGGAAGAACGACAGGCUAAGGGAAGAGAUGAUGAUGAUGACAAGCAAGCCUCAUCUGAUGAUGAUUUCUGA